AGUAUUCAACAUUUCAUGAACAGUUCCACAAUCUAUCACAACUCGAGCGUUGAGAGAACUUUAUGUUGAAAUGCUCAGUUCAUCAUAUUUAAUCACAAGGAUGUCUUCAUCAGUCAAUGGCUUUAUGGUAAUAUGUGUCGUAGGUGUUGUGCUGUGUGGAUUUUCAAAUGCCAAGGAACAGGACCGACAGUAUCGACGAGAACAACCAGGGCUGCUGACACAUAAGAUGAUUUUUCACCCUUCAUUUACAAGAUUUAACGCUACCGACCAACCGAAACAAUGUUUAGAUUGGAUUGGGAACUAUGAACCCGAGUUUUCUAACACGACUCAAGACUGCAAUAUGGAUAUUGACAACGAAACACUGUGUAAAUUCGUGUAUGAAGUCGUCAAAAACAAUUACAAUUUUGUUCAUUUAUAUUUACAAUUCUUUGGUAAUGGAAAUGCUACGUACACUAAGUGUGUGAUUGAGCCUCAGCAAUGGGUUUGGACAUACAAAGGCCCCGGAGGAGCCCUGCAGUACCUUAAAUGGCCUCCUGAGUAUAGCGUCUGGUCCAUGGGGUUACUGGCAGCCAAUUCUCAUAUAACGCCAUAUCCAAUAGAUAUACAAGUUAAUUCUCUCAACAACUGUUCAGUAUUUGUGGGGAAGAAAAUCACCACAGGUAGGGUAGGACUGGCGCUUUCAAAACUAUCAAAAGCGUUAAGUCAACAUGGGCGCAUGAAGUACGAAUCUAGUUAUUUUUGUUUCAAAACUCGGACUUACAUAGAAAACGAGGCAUUGUACAAAAUGUGUUUACACAUGAUUUGUCCAUUGGAAGCUACCGGGUACAUUUGCUGCCACAUGGAGUGGAGUUAUAACAAGAACCGGUCAGUAUUGGUAUGUCCACCGGAACCAUUAACCUAUGACGAGGUCUGGUGGAUUGUUCCAUUUGUCCUAGGAACUAUUCUGUUCGCUUAUUUUCCUAUUAUUCUAUUCAUGUGCAGUGCAGACAUUCGUGAUAAAUUGGUAAAAGGUGUCAAACGACGCAGAGACGAAUAUACACCUCUUAUAGGGACCAAUGACUAUCCAGAUUGUGAUUGGCUGUUUACAAAUCCGAUAUCAGUGUGGGCAGUCCUAACUUACCCCCUGGUCAUCCUUGGUCGCCGUUUUCCGGUCAGUUUGUCAAGAACUGUUCGAUUUCUGGCAGCUUUGUUUAGUUUAAUUUUCAUUGUUCUCAAAGUGGUCGUUCACUAUCUCUACCAGUAUGAUUUUGUCGUGGCCAGCGUAGCACAGGGUACACCCAUGGACUUCCUGUCAGUUUUGGCUGGAUAUGAAGAAAGCAAGCGUAACUUCCUUAGUAACUUCGGCGGUCCGUAUGAAGCCUCUUGUUUGUACUUGCUAGGAAUGAUAUUGUUUAUGUGUAUACCUAGAGAUCUCGCAGACCUUUUGGAGACUGGUAUUCCUCAAAGUCAGUCUGAUGGCACGUCUCCUCUAACGAUGCCCAGAUAUGUCCAACAACGUCUCGGUUCAGUGAACACCCACGAUAGUGUGACUGGUUACAGACUUAUGUACAUAACAAUGACGUCUAAUUUUUUUAUGCUACUUAAUUCUGACUUCUGGAGGUACACUUAUCAGAUUCAAUCCCAGCGGUUUUGCAACUUACGUCUUUCCAAUGCCAUAGCUGCUCUCAUAUUCCCUCUGUACUUCGCUCUUUGUGUUUGUGAGAUCUGCGCAUGCGUGAUAUACUUUGGAUUACCAGUAACAUUUUUCAGUUUAGUGUUUCUGAGGUCAAAUAUUUUCGCAGUAUGGCGUAAGCUGAAAACUCUGACUUUCUGUUUUCGAUUUCCACUUCUGGUGGUUAUCAUGCCACUAAUGCUGGGGAUGAUGCUCUUCAUGAUUUACAUGUUUAGUAUCAUUUUCGUUGGGAGUUUUAUAUUCCUGUCGCGUGUAGCCGUUUUCACUUACACCGGACUUUUUGCCUUCCCGAACUACUCAUACGGCUACAUAAUCUUCGGCGUGACCAUCCUCAUGUACAUGCAUGAGAUCAUCGACAAUGUCCGCGACGUCUACAGCAGACUGUUUCAGCAGGUCAGUGAUUUGUGUCAGAUCUAUCAGACAGAACACGAGGACAGUCCGAGGAGAAUAUUCCGGGUAGUGGACAGAGUGACCUACAUCCCGUUGAAGCUGUUCUUCCUGAUAGUAAAUCGGUAUAAACCCCCGAGGGUACAGAUGGUGAAGGCGUUCAUUAAGAUCAUGGUGCUGGCGUUUGUGUUGUUCCUGUCAGUAUAUCUGAUACACAAUUUUCAGAUGUUUAAACAACUGUCGAUACUUACCCAAUCAGCCACCACCUUGUUUGUGUGUCUGUUGCCAAAACUGUUAGAGGGUAUGUGUUCCCGUAGCAGCCCUAGAUUCAACAAACAUUGGAAAAUAGAAGUAAAACAGCUAAUUUCGGAUUACUGUUCUCAGGCCGACGACGACGACGACGACGACGGUGACAAUGAACACAUAUAACUGAAAUCCUGUUAAUUCUUUAAUGUUUAAAAUAUGUCGUUCUAUCACAAUCUUUUACUGUUCUAAAAUCAUAAAAUGUAAUUAACGUUUGACGAACUAGUUUGUACCAGAUGAUUAGGAAUCAAACUUAUUUUUGUGAACUACAGUUGAACAGUACGUUGGCAAGGACAGACUAUAAUCGAUGAUAGAAUUAUAGUAUGCUGGAUAUUUUAAAUAAUUGUUGUCAUACAUUCUAAAUUGAACUGUAUCUUGAAGAUACCACGAACACUGUAAGUUUUUCUAAUUGAAACACAAACGAAAUAUUGCAAUAUGUUAAGCAUAUAAUGUAAAACUGUGGUAUUUGCUAUAUUUUCUGGUAGUACAUGUAGAAUGACCCUUGCUUGAAACGUUUGUCAUAUUAGCGUUCAUUUGAUCAAUAAUAACAAUUAAAGUUACGUAUGCUAUAGUUUAAUUGUCAUUCCGAGUUGAAAAAAACCCUGGAUAAAACGAGGAAGCCCAAUCUAAAAAAAAGAGAGAGCAUGCAUGUUGCGAGUGUGUAUUGAUUUAACCAUUUUUAUAUGAAUUACAUCAAUUCGUUGGAAGUGUAUAUCUAAUUGUUUCUUUGAUGGGUAAAACGAUAAAGUAUGUAUGAUACAAAGGUUGCAUAGAUAUGAAAACAUGAAGUACGUAAGGUUUUUUUCUCCAUUUAUUGUCAAUACAUAUGGUUGUAAUAAAUUGGAUUGGUCGGGUAUUAUAGUGCAUGACGAAAAAGGAGUGUGGGCACGUUUUCAUAGCGGAGACCGACGAAGUAUUUCACCUUUGAACUGUGGAUUUUCCUACUGAUGGUAACAUCUGGUCGUUAAGUUGUGGAUUGUCCCACUGAUGGUUACAUCUGGUCGUUGAGUUGUGGAUUGCCCCACUGAUGGUAACGUCUGGUCAUUUAGCUGUGAAUUAUCCCACUGAUAGUAACGUCUGGUCGUUGAGAUGUAGAUUAACCCACUAAUGGUAACGUCUAGCCGUUGAGUUGUGCAUUGUCGCACUGAUGGUUACAUUUGGUCGUUGAGUUGUGCAUUGUCGCACUGAUGGUAACGUCUGGUCGUGAAGCUGUGGAUUGUCCCACUGAUGGUAACGUCUGGUCGUUGAGAUGUGGGUUGUCCGGCUGAUGGUAACGUCUGGUCGUUGAGCUGUGGAUUGUCCCACUGAUGGUAACGUCUGGUCGUUAAGCUGGGGACUAUUCCACUGAUGGUAACGUCUGGUCGUUGAGCUGGGUACUAUUCCACUGAUGGUAACGUCUGGUCGUUGAGAUGUGGGUUGUCCGGCUGAUGGUAACGUCUGGUCGUUGUGCUGUGGAUUGUCCCACUGAUGGUAACGUCUGGUCGUUAAGCUGGGGACUAUUCCACUGAUGGUAACGUCUGGUCGUUAAGCUGUGGAUUGUCCCACUGAUGGUAACGUCUGGUCGUUGAGAUGUGGGUUGUCCGGCUGAUGGUAACGUCUGGUCGUUGAGCUGUGGAUUGUCCCACUGAUGGUAACGUCUGGUCGUUAAGCUGGGGACUAUCCCACUGAUGGUAACGUCUGGUCGUUGAGCUGGGGAUUAUCCCACUGAUGGUAACGUCUGGUCAUUGAGCUGUGAAUUAUCCAACUGAUGGUAACGUCUGGUCGUUGAUCUGUGGAUUGUCCCACUGAUAGUAACGUCUGGUCAUUGAGCUGUGAAUUAUCCCACUGAUGGUAACGUCUGGUCGUUGAGAUGUGGGUUGUCCGGCUGAUGGUAACGUCUGGUCGUUGAGAUGUGGAUUGUCCCACUGAUGGUAACGUCUGGUCGUUGAGCUGGGGAUUAUCCCACUGAUGGUAACGGCUGGUCAUUGAGCUGUGAAUUA